GAUACGGCGCCGCUCCAGGGCAGAGGCGUCUGAAGUAACAGCUUUGCUCCAGCGUGGCAUUCUUGUUUCCCACUGUAAUGGUCUGCUGAACAUCUGGACUCUUUGAAGCAGCCACCACCACACUCCGUAACGAAGGCAACCAAGAGCUAUGUCAGCUGGCAUCUCUCCCUAACCGCCUUAGUCGGUGAAGAGUCUCCAAACAAUAUGAGAUGGGCCGUUUUUCACUUUCAAGGUUUCCUUUCCUAUGGGAGCAGAGAACAAGCAAACAGGAUGAUGAGAGCAGACCACUCAUACAAAGGAAGGACACCUCUGCUCCUCCAAACCUGGACACAGAUGACAGUACAGAGGGCAAAACUGAGUCAAGUUCCUCCAAUCAUAGGGAGCGAAGCAGACACCCCUCCUGGAUGUUUCUCAGCCAGUCCACCCGCCACCACCAACCCUGCGGUCCCAGCGAUUGCCUUCUGAAAUACGUCCUGGUCACCACCAACCUGCUCUUCUGGGCACUGGGCCUGUGUGUCCUCGGCCUGGGGCUCUGGGGUCUGCUAGAGAAGGAGUCCCUCACCCAGGAGAGGCUCGAGAGCCUGGGCACGGACCCCAUGUUGACACUGGCCACCAGUGGCCUGGCGCUCACCCUGUUGUGUCUGGUGGGCUGUGCUGGAGCCCUGCGGGAGAACAGCUGCCUAAUGCGUACCUUCUGUACCGCCCUGCUCGCUGUGCUUGCUUCUCAGGUGCUGGCUAUCAUCGUGGCCUAUGGCCUGCAAGAUUGGAUCACAGGCGUGCUGCGUGCCGCCAUGCUAGGAGCCGUUGCCCGCUACCAGGACGACACAGACCUCAGGUUCAUCAUAGACGAGAUUCAGGUGGGACUUCAAUGCUGCGGGGCGGAAAACUAUCAAGACUGGGAGAUCAACAGUUACUUCAACUGCACAGCCCCUGGCAUGUGGGCGUGCAGCGUGCCCCCAUCCUGCUGUGUGGACCCACUGGAGAACGGCAGCGUGUGGAACUCACAGUGUGGGGCGGGCGCCCGCCGGCUGGACGAACUCACUGCCCACAGGGUAGUCUUCCUGGGGGGCUGCCUGGGCGCUGUCUCCCGCUGGAUAGAGCACCACUCCGGCCUCAUAGGCACGGUGGCCAUCACCCUGCUGGCACUCCAGAUUCUCAUGCUGCUCUUUACCGCAAGCCUGCUCAACAGGAUCCAGUGGAACAAGGUCUCAUUGGGCCACUGGACAGACCAACCUUAACAUUAUGGACACCUGUUAACUGCAAAACAAACGUUCCAGAUUUCAGGACACUUUACUACUGGGGCAGUUUGUUAUAUUAUUUAAAGGCUUUUACUGUACGUCAUUAUUAUUUCUGCAGUUAGCCAUGUAUUCAGAGUACUACUCCCACUAAGUAAUGUUAGGAACCCCAAGUGGUUAUCUAUGGUCAGGGGUGGUUAGUAACGGAACACAUGCAAUUGCGUAAUCAUGAUAGGAUAAAGAUAUCUAUUUUGAUAAGGUUACAGAAAAAGGCUGCAAUUACAUUACUGGUUCAUUUUAAAAAUAUGUUAAGGAUAACAUUACAAUGAAAACAAGAAUGACUCCUUUUUCUUUCUGAUUUUAUUUAUUCCCCUUUUAAAUGUUUUUAAUCGGCUGAAUGGUUCCCGUGACAGCAGUAGCCUGCAUUUAUUUAAAUGUGUAAAGUAUGUACCAUGUGUUUUUUCUUAGCCAUGAUGCAUGUUUGGUAUUUUUUUCCCAUUUGCUUCCAAUAUGUAAAUGGAACCAAAUGUGUAUUUGUGAGAUCUUUCUGGUGAAGUUCAUGUCUCUUUGCUUUCAUUAACGCACAACACAGUUUGAGUGAAAAUAGUUUUUUUUCCCACUAUCAGCAUGAGAUUUGUUUUUCGUGAACACAAUAUGUUUCCUAUGAGUCAUAAUGAAAAAACUUUCUUUUGUUUAGUUGACGAUAAAUCACAUAUUACUCGGAUUAC